AUGGUGCAUGCUCGUUUCAACGAUAGGGAACCCAAUCCCAAUCCCCAUAUCAACUUCAUCACAGCUCUUCCAGGCGACGACCAAGAUGACGCAAGGCAGCUAUUACGCGCUCUUGCAGCCCAAGUACGACCCGUGAUGAAAACCCACGGCUUCGCGGUAAACAGUUUUGAAGAGUAUGAACAUAACAAUGUUUUUGCGGGAAGAAACUGGAACAAUGGCGAAACUGUCGAACUCGUUCUUCGGCGACCUGGAGGAUCAUUUUUACCUACCUAUUGGCUCAUGAGCACUCUCUGUCACGAGCAUAUGAACCAUGGUCCUGCAUUCCAAGCACUGUGGAAAUUGCUUCGCACUGAAGUUCGUAAGCUCCAAGAUAGAGGCUACUAUGGCGAUGGUUCGUGGUUUUCACCCAGUAUCUUGGCUUCACCGUCUGAGUUGCCAUCAAGGAUAUUGGUCCGCAGGAACGCGUCUUGCCGACUCUGCCAAGUUUGUGGUGGUGCUCAAACACGCUCUCGUCCCUCCGCGAUGCGUCGCCGACGUUCUGGCCGGCGUGGCGAUGUUGUACCAUCGAAUCACACGGGCCGACAAACCGCGAAAAGGCGAAAAGCUGGGGGUCGAGUAACUUCGAAGUACGCCUUCCAGGGCGAAGGGUCAUCGUUGAUUAAUUCGAAAGGUGAAGAAGGGGUCAAGGGAACCGGUUUUAAAAAACAGGCCGGAAGUAAGCGCGCCCGCGAAGAGAGAGCAUUGGCUGCCGAACGCAGACUACAAGCUCUACAAUCACGUAAGUUGCACCCAGAAGACGUUAAAGAAGAGGAAGAGGACAUAGCAGAUCGCUCUGACUCCGAAGUAGAGAUAAUCUCAGAGACAGACGGAGAACGACGACAGGCACUUAUUUCCUCCGAGAAAGACAACCUUCACAACCUGAAGUUCUCAUGGGAGGAAUUCAAAGAUGAUUUCAUCUUCACGGGAGAUGGCAAGGAUAAUAUCAUAGAGAUCUCAUCCGACGAGGAAAAUGUGAAGGGAGAACCUUGCGACAUUCCUGUUCCUUCGGGAUCAACCUUUACCAGUGGAAUAAACAACAAAGCAAAGCAUAACAAGAACAAAGAAAGUCCUCCGUUAGGCCUAGGCAAGCUAGCCAAGACAGAAGUCGAUUUCCGGAAGAAGGAAGCGCUAGGAAUGGCUCCUACCCAAGGCAGUAGAAAGCUGGGUGGUCAGCCCAAGAGCAAAGAGUCAGGUGAUCGUGUCCAGCCUCAUGUCACCAAACCUUUGUCAGAAAUCGAGAUCUCGCCUACGGAGCUUUGGGAGUGUGCUGUUUGCACUCUGAUAAAUAAACCUCGACAUCUAGCAUGCUCUGCCUGUUUCACGCCCCGAGGAAAUGACUACUUGUACGACAAAUAUCACGGCAAAGUGUAG